UCCUGCGAGUCCCAGCGGCCGCGGCGGGGGAGGGCCGUGCUACCAGCCCGUUCCGUCUCUGCGGUUGGAGGGCAGCGGAUCUUACGAGAAACUCAACAGCAGCAUGCCAUCUGUGAACUGCAGCUCGUGGUACAGUGACAGUAACGGCAACCACAGCCGGAGCGUGCAGAGGACGCAGCGACCCGUGUCCCUCACGGUUCCUCCGGUCACACGCAGAGACUCUAUAUCCCUGGCUCAUGGGAGCGCCGGCAGCCUUGUGGAGGCGGUGUUGAUAUCCGAGGGUUUGGGUCGCUAUGCACAGGAUCCCUCCUUCAUCCAGGUAGCAAAGCAGGAACUAGCGGACGCCUGCGACAUGACCAUUGAGGAGAUGGAGAACGCUGCCGACAACAUUCUCAACGCCAACGCGCCGCCCAACGCCAACGGAAACCUGCGGCCCUUCAUACAGUGCAGAGACACUGGCUCCCAGGAGUCCCGUUGCAGCCACACGCUGGGCCUCUCGACCGCCACGGGCUCCGAUGAGCUGCUGGGGGUGGAGUUAGAGUGCUCCGAGGGGAACAGCACUCUGAUGGAGGACGAGGACAUGGAGUGUGUGACCAGUUUGUAGGGGGGACAGCAGCAGCACGGAGGACUUCCUGUGUCUUAGCCCAGCUCUCUCUGAGGACACUGCUGUCCUGCAGUCUGACCUGUCUGUUGCGAGUACCUACUGUAGGGGUAUAAGGCCAUUCUGCUUAGCUGAGACUGAGUUGGUUUUUAGUUCGUCCGUGUGUUUGCGAGAGCACGAGCGAGUAGGCGUGUGUACAUGUUUGUGUGUGCGUGUUUCUAAAGUGCCUCACAGUUCUCACAACCUUGAUUGCAGUAAGGAAACGAAACCCUGACCGAGCAAGGACUGAAGGGAAAAGAUGCGCUGCCGUUGCUCAAGCAGUGGGAUCUGUCCGCCGGUGGGAGGAUCUCCGUCCAUCCAUCCAUCCGUUCAUCAGGAGAAGUGUCGUCUGCAAGCGCCCUCACGUCAUCCUUCUCCUUUAAGGCUUUCUUUUGUGUUCAGUUGAUGAUUUGUGCUGCUUUUUGAAUUUGAUUUCUACCCACAAUUCUCUAGUUAGCUUUUCUUUUAAUCAGCGCAAGACUGAACUCCCUGAAUUGCUCUUUCUCGUGUACCGUUAUGGCUUUCAGGUAGCUGCUAGCUGUGCAAGGUACGGGUCAUUGCAUCAGUGGCCUUUUAUUCCAGAUCUGCUUCAGGUUUUAUUUCCUUUUUUUAUUUUCCAGCAUUUAGUGUUUGUAAUGUUGUUUAUCUUGUAUUGCAAACAGAUGAAUGCUGUUUUUUUUUUCUUAAAUUAUUAUUAUUAUUAUUGAAGGCGUUUAAGAUGUUUAUGCCAGAUGCAGUGUUGUGGAUCUAAUGCCUCUUACAGACACAAAACAAUUAUUUAUUUAUUUAUUCCUGUCGGAGGUGAAGCGUGUUCUGCCGGGGGUUUAUUGGUAGCUCACAAGCUGUAAAUGAGCGCUGUCACUCUCCUGGACGCAGGUAGCACUGACAGCUCUCAUGGCUGCUGUUGGAUUGGACUCACGUUUGCUCUGAAACUACUGACGUUUCUUCACUGCUGAUCUCCAGAAACAUUCAGCUGACAGCUGCGAUUCUGUCACGAUCCCACCUGCUCGACACAGGGAACAGCAGAUCUUCGGAAGGUCAGUAAAGGUGCACUUUGAGGAGAGGAAGGGUGGAGUAUUCAGGGAUGUCUGGGUAGCGCAUCAUUUAAAAAAAAAAACUCUAAUGUAGUUCACACAGGGCUAAAUAUAUGACCAUCAUUAUGAAAGUACCAACAUCAGCAGUGUCAUCAUCAUACAAUGUUAUUGAUUGCUAUUAUUAUGAUUAUUAUUACUAUUAUUGUUAAGGAUAUUUUUCUGCUGGGUUUAGCACUGUUUCCAUGCAGUUCGGCAGACACACAGAGAACUACUUAUCAAUCUAUUAUGCAAAUAAGGUGUUGAAGCGUUAACAUUGUGUUGGUAAUGUGUUGGCGAGAUGGAAGGCGUCCCCUAAACACAUGCGCUGAUGAGAAACCUGACCAAUCCACUUCCAGGCGUCUCUCUGUUCGUGCAACACUAGACCGGGUUAGAAGUUCUGUCACCGUUUUGCACACGACUUCAGACGAUAUGAAUUUCUCUUUCCAUUUAUGAAUAGAUAAUUAUUUUUGUCUUCACCGAGCGUCCUGGCGGUUUGUUCCAGGCCUCGAACAUCGCUUUCAAUCUCAGUCUCCAGUCCUGUGCCGUUUUUUUGUUGGUUGAAUGAGUUCCUGAAUGUUUACAGGAGGUCUCUGCUCUGAGGAUGAUGCAAAGCUUGUGACAAAAACGUGACAAAUGUAGCCAGAACCCACCUGCUCUGUUCCAAAGCCGCCAACACACCCUCAUAUCUCCUACACACACGUGCCAUAUGUCAUUGUGAGGCUGCCCCAGGCAUAUUUCGAGGCCUUGGUUGUGUACGUGUGCGAGUUUCUCCGUGUUUAGCAUAUGCAGAGUACGGAAACGAGCGUGUCUGUGUUAGUAUAUGCAGGAUGAGUGCGCGAGUGCAUGCGUAUGUGCUUGCAUACCACAAGAUAUGCAAAAACAAUGCAAUAACUUCUGACUGUACAACAGUUUCCUACAGAACUACAGCUGUACAAAAAAUCUAAGAUACAGAGAGAAAUAUAUUCACUGUUGUGUAUUAAGUUACAGAACUUUAAAUUGAAGAAACCUGUCAUACUUGAAAUCGGGUGCAUUUGAGUAUUGAGUAUUUUGAAAUAAUCUUGUGCGGGUCAGUUUGGUUUGAUGUUUUUCUUCUGUUGGUUUCAAUGAUCUCUGCAUGAGGAUUCUUUUGGUGUGCCAAGCGUUUUGAGUAACUAUUUUUUUUGUUGUUGUUGUUUUCAUUUGAAACAUUGAGGAAACACUGAUGACGGGGAGCGAAGGUGUAAAUACAGACGGAGGAGAGAAGCAUCUCGGCGUGAAAAUGAUUUUGCAUAUCUUGUGCUCAGCUGAAAGGUGCAUGAUACGCAAGAGCAGCUCUCUCUCUUUCACCCUUUAUCUUUUCAUUCACUCACCCUCCUUGUCCUUUCUUCGGCAGACAUCACAGUGAAGGCGUUUUAUCACGGCACCCGUGCGCCGGUGAACGGGCUCACUUUAAAUAGUUGGUCAUGCACAUUAAUUCUCGCUAUUAUUUGAGGCUGCAAGCGGAAACAUUAGAAAUCCCCUUUCAUUUCUCAAGUCUCAUGGACAAUCUGCAUUCGGCGAGGAGAUUUAGGUUGGAAAUAAUGGAUUUGGAUGCUAUGCUUGAAUUUUUUUGGUCGUGUUUGCAUGGAGUCUAAAGAAUUGAAUUAGCAGACGGAGUCCUCCUCUCCCUUCAUUAGCCAAUGAUUGUAUAUUUUUAUAGACUUAUAGUAAAGAAUUAACACAUGAAAAGAGACCAUAUAAAAUCAUCUAUAUAUGCUGAAUGUCAGGGUUAAAAUGGCUACACACAACCGUGUUUGAGAAUGUAUGUAGUGACUACAUAUAGAUAGAAAUUAAAUUUAUAAUAGAGAAAUAUAGAGUAAAUAAUUCGUAUUCACCGCAGUAGCUCCUUUUGAAACUCGGCUCGUACGGCCUGUUAUUAAGCAGGAUGGUUUGGUGUUUUUACUGAGGGAGGAGUGCAAUGAGAUUAAUCAUGUGAUUUUGAAUCCGAGGGCUUUUUCACAGCUGCUUUAUUCAGAUCAACACAUCACGUUCCCCUCCGAGCACCUGCACAUGAUAGAACAGUGUGGAAAAGCCACAAGCUUUCAUGACACAAAAGCAGCGCCUGUGUUGAAUGAAACUGCUAAUGAAUGAACACAGAGAGCUGUCUGCUCAGGCCUUGGAGAAAUGUACCAAAUAUUUGACUGAAUAUUUUAUUAGUUGCUCAGUGAGGUUUUUGCCCAAAUGGUUGUAAUGUAGCUUUUCUUCUCUCAGAGAAUCAGAAGUUAUUUUAUAUAUUUUAAUAUAUGAGAAAUAUUUAUCAGAUGGAAGUUAUUUCGCACUGGUUGGAGGGAAUGUCGGUGACGUAAUGGAUGACAUUUCAGCAGGGGAAGUGUAGGUUGCUCUCCUGAUGGGACUUUGAUUGAUUGUGGCUUGUAUUUCGGUUUGCCAUCUGUAGCAGUAGCGCACAAGUUUCCCCAAUAGAAAAGAGUAUAUUGAAAGAAAUGGUUUUAUGUAUGCAUUUAAAUGCUUAAUAUUUUUGGAAAUAUAAUACCCUCAGAAAAGAGUAAACUAUCCAUAACAAAUGAGCAGCAUUGUUACAACCAUUCAAGUUCACAACACAUUACAGUAAAACAUAGUUUUGUUUUGUUUUUUAUCUUUAGGGUGUUGUUUUGUUUGUUUGUUUGUUUUAUUUGGAUGAACCCAGUAAUGCACAAACACAAAAUGUUAGUGGAUUUAUUAAGGACGUCUGUAGUUCAAGUAUCCGUUCGGGCCGUCCGGUGUUUCUGGGUUCAUGCGUGUUCGUAUGCCAAUUCUGCACGUGUCAGACUGAAGGAAUGUGCUGUGGGGUUGACUUUUGACCCAGAGAAAGCCUGGACAUGUGCAAUGUCUGCCCUCUGGUUUAACCUUUGUGUAGCACGUAUCUCUAAUGUCCUCCUUUAUAUGACUGUUAAUUUGAUAUUAUAAGUUAAUGUAGUGCGUUAAUGAGUUUUAAUGAUAAACUAAAAGCUAAGGUGGUGAUGCAAUAAUCCCAAUUUGCACAUUUAAACCACGUUUAGUUUGACACAUCGUACACAUAAUCCAAGUAAAGGAUGAAUUUAUGCAUAGAUUUUAGCUGUUGUGUAAAUACUAAUUUCGCCCUAAGCUCAAAACGUCAAUCUUGCCAUAGUUUCAUUUCAACAGGUGGGACGAUAAUUAAUGCAGAUUUGUUCAGUGGGUAGGUGAAUGCAGAACAAUUUAUAUGAACCAAUUUGAGGUUUUCGAGUGGCAUUUCCCCACUUCUAGUUCCACCCAGCGAAUGUAGUACUAGAGACAGAAGGAGAUGGGCGGAACGGUAACGAUUAUGUUGAGGAGCUCAAAGAGUUAAUAUUGCACAAAUCUCCACGUAUGAGUGAACCUUUUAACAACUUGUUCUUUACCACAUCCUGCUUUCUUUCUGCAGAGAUGGAAGUAAUGCUCUGUUUGAUGGCGCCGAGCUCUGGGCUUGAAUUGUUGGGUCCCUUUUUCUCUAAUGGGUGGCAGGACUACUCACUCAUCUACAGAUGCAGCCCACAAUUCUUUCUGUUAUAGAGGCUGAAGCCCGAAUCUGCAUUACACUAUUUUCCUGCGGUCGGAGGUGAUUUGGUUUACGUUUAACAGCUUAAGACUCACAAAGGGAGGAAUCUUUGAGCGGAUCGUCUCAGUUGCUUUAUUUUCGGUGACCACACCAGCAGCUUCUGUAGUCUUGAUUGGCGGUACGGAUGGGAAGUGUAGUCUUGAGGUCCUCAGCUGUUUGUUAGAUUAACGAGCUGAAUUAAAAUUAGACGCGUGUCAUGCUUUUGGUAGAAUUCGAAGGCAUCAGUGCUGACCAUUCAGGUCUCUCACGAAACACCGUCAGAGGUCAUUCACAUUUUGGACUAUUUAAUGGCGUUUAGACCCCAGGUGUUAUUGAAAACUGUGAGACGUCUGCAUGGUCUGUCAUUCCCUCCUCUACUUUUGCUGAGACUCUUUUGUUUCAUUUCAUCAUUCUUUCAUUUGUUCAUUUAGAUUUUAAAAAGAAUACGCUACGUAAAUCUGAAGAUUCAAUCACUUUUUCUACUCCUAUUUUAAAAAAAAACUGAAAC